AUGUCUAAACAUACAAAUAAUAAGUCUAAUAAUACUUCGCUUGAUUUAGAUAUAGUUUUAGCUAAUAAUAAUGAAGAAUAUGAAAAUACGCCUAUUACCCCACGUACUCCAGAGAAAAAACAUCCAUUUAAGUACAUAGAGAAUGUUGAAACGCCUUUUAAGCUAAAAAUAAGUCGAAAUGAAAUCAAAAGCGAGAUUAAAGAAAAAGAUAACAAAUUAUUAAGCAUAUUUCAAGAGAUAGAUGGAUUAGAGAAAGAUGGUGAAUGGUUUAGGAAGAAAAGGAUAGGUAGGAAGAAGAAGCCUUUAAAUUUAGCUUCAUCUCAAGCAGUUAGUGUUAUUAAAGAUAAGAUAGGGAUUUGUUCAAUUGAGUCUUAUUUUCAGAUACACUUUAGUAUUAAAGAGACUUUGCAUAGUAGUAAUGAGUCUUUUGUUUAUUGGGUGCGGGAAAAGAGGGCUAUAGAUGGUUUAGGAAGUGGACAGAUGUGUAAGUAUUGUCUAGAGAGGAUGGGGUUGGUGUUGAGUGGAGUAGGUGGUGGUGAUAUGGGUGGUGGAGAUGUAUUAAGUGGAGAUCUAAGUAGUAUUGGAGAUAUUGUUAUUGGAGAUAGUAAAAAUCAAAAUCAAAAUCAAAAUCAAAAUCAAAGUGGAGAUAGUGAGGGAGAUGGAGGUGGGGAGAUGGAACGGGUGGUUAAGAUAUCUAGAUUGCAAUGGGCUACUUUGGAGGAACGGCGGGUGCGGAUUAGAGAGGCUAAGUUUUUGUAUCGGUUGCGUAAGUGCCGGAAUAUUACGCGGAUUAGAAGGGCUUGGGAGGAGAUGGGAAUGCUUUAUAUUGAGAUGGAGUGGUGUAAUAAUGGGACUUUGAAGGAGUUUUUGAAAAAGAAUUCUUAUCUAUCUCAGAAAGUUUUGUUAUCUUUGGCGGCUCAGAUGAUUAAUGGGUUGAAAGCGAUUAAUCGGGCUAAGAUUGUUCAUUUAGAUAUUAAACCGGAGAAUAUUUAUCUGCAUAGAGAUAAGAAAAGAAGGAUUUUGGUUAAGAUUGGGGAUUUUAGUAUUAGUCGGCCGAUGGAGGAUAGAACUGAGAUAGAACAUGAUGGGGAUAGGUUGUAUAUGGCUCCGGAGUUGUUGCAGAAUUCGUGUUCGGCUGCUAGUGAUGUUUAUAGUUUAGGACUUAUCUUUAUUGAGAUGUUUCUUUGUGUGGGGGUGCCUUUAAAAAGCAUUCCUUGGACUAAGAUAUCGACUGCUCAGAAGAAAGAGAUUAUCUCUAAAUCAAAAAUAUCUUUGGAAUUGUAUCGGUUAAUCAAAAAAAUGAUUGAUCCUAAUCCGAGUCGAAGACCGACUAUUCAGGAAGUUUAUCUGCAAAUGAAAGAAGUUCGUGUUUCUUGUUCGGCGCCACCUACUUGUAAAAAAGAUCACACAGCCCUAGUUAGUCCGGGCUAG